AUGUCGCUCAGGAAGAACUGCGACUAUUGCGUAAGCAAGAAGGUGACGUGUGAUGGAAACGCCUACGAGAAGGCGUGCAGCAGGUGUGUCAAGAGAAACAGGCCGUGCACCUUCAGCCCGAAGCAAAGAUCAGGACCGAAGCCCACAACAUGCGUGGGUGCAAGACCGGCGAACACCCAGGCCCGGCAGAGCCGCGUCCUCGCCCCGACGUCUCCUCCCGCGCUUUCGCUCGGCUAUAACACGCCGAAGUCCGUUCACCCCCGGGCAGCAGGCGACCGCAACGGUUACGGCGGGGGCGGCGGAGUCGUUGUGGCACCGGUCGGGAAGGUUAGCGAUGGCGGCGGUGGUCGGGUUGCCGGUGGCAGCGAUGGCGGCGGCACCAGCAGCACCAACGGCAGCGGUUGGGGGGGUUGCGAUGGAGGUGGUUUCGCCGGUGCCGGAAGAACUUCGACGGCCUCCGAACAUGUGCCGCAGACGACCUUGCUGGAGGGGAGGAGGAAGGAUACCCGUAGGGAUGGGCGAGAGAACCGGUGCGGAGGAGGGAGCGCUGACUUCGCCAGCCACUCCUUCAACACCAGCUUGGGCUCUACCUCGACGUCGAGGCCCAUCUCGUUCUUUUCCGGCUCUGGCCCUGGCUGGGGCGGCGACACGGUUGGAAGCCAGGGCGGCGACGCGGGUGGAAGUCAAGGCAAAGGGCGGCGGCACCAUCUGUUCCGGUUGCUCGAGGACGACUUUGACGACGCCGACAGCGGGUCGGACACCAACGACGGGCCUGGUGCCGGCGGCGGAAGUAAGACCCAUAACAACGGCAUCCGAUCCGGAAGUGGUGGCGAUAGGAGCAUUGUCGGUCGUGGGAAGGGCGUCGGUAACGGGAACGCCGACAUCUGCAUUGGCGAUGGUGCAUUUUCCUGGGGCGGGUUGGGGACCUUGGGCUACGCAUCGUUGGGGCCCGACUGGCUGUUCCAAGGUUUGCCGGAAGCUGACAACGACCACGAAGGUUCUGGACGCGACGACAUCUUGGUGUGUGCCUCUGAGGUGUAUUCUUUCGGUGCGGAACGCGCCACCACUUGA